AAGAAUGGCUGGACUGGACUGCAUUACGCGACAAAGGCAGGUCACCUAAAUGUUGUCAAGUUGUUCGUUAAAAGUUCAGCCGAUGAGCUGGCGGAAACUAAAGAGGGAAAGGUACCACUAUGCUUUGCCGCCUCAAACAAUCACAUCGAAUGCUUACGGUUUCUUCUCAAGCACAAACAUGACACACAUCAGUUAAUGGAAGAUCGCCGAUUUGUUUUUGACUUGAUGGUAUGCGGCAAAGGUACCGACAAUGAACCGUUGCAAGAAUUUAUCCUACAGAGUCCUGCGCCCAUUGAUACAGCUGUCAAGUUAUCAUCUCUUUAUAGGGAUAUGUCGGAGAAAGAGAAGGAGCGUGCAAAAGAUCUUUGCAAUGUAGCUGUUUUCUCGGAAAAUAUGGCAGUAGAGCUUUUGGGUAUUUCUGCCAGCGAGUACAAUGCUGCUAUCCUCCUCAAGGCGAAAGAUAAUCGUGGACGUCCGCUUCUGGAUGUGCUGAUCGAAAACGAACAGGUUAGUCUCGUACUGCUGCACUUUAAGGAAGUGGUCUCCUAUGCAUCUGUACAGCGAUAUCUCACGGAAAUCUGGACAGCCAGCGUCGACUGGUCUUUCGGUGGGUUUCUCUGA